UCAACUUCCUGUUCACAUGUGAUCAAGAUCACUGUAAUCAGAGGUUAGCACAAUUUUCUUAUUUUUCUGCAUAAAAAGUAAAAAAAAAUUCACUUUACAUUUUAUGUAAUACAACUUUGUUAGGUGUGAAUGUUUAAAAUGAUUAUUUUGCACAAAAUAGAGGAGACAGUAACGUGUCUUUUGAUACUUUAGCUAAAGUGAUAUGAUGAGCUAAACUUGAGAUUUAGACCACAUUAGCACACAAGUAAGUAUGGGGCAAGUUGUCUCAAUGACUUUGGGGCAAGUCGUCACAUGUGACAACUUGCCCCUGUACAAACAAACACAUCGAACAUGCUCAGAAAACAUGAUAAAUAGUGAUAUUGUAAUUUAUUUCUAAUUGCAAUAAGUUGUUUGAAGGGAGGAAGGAAGGAAGGAAGGAAUUAAGGAAGGAAGGAAGGAAAAUCAGAAGCCCUGUUUACUCCUUUUGGACAACCACGAGUCUCAUCUGUCCAUUGAUGUACUCAAUUAUGCCAAAAAAAUGGCAUAAUCAUGCUGUCAUUUCCACUGCACUGCUCACAUCGGCUCCAACCAUUAGACAGGUCUGUCUACGGGCCACUAAAGAGGCACAUCAACAGCGCAUGUGAUGCCUGGAUGAGGAACAACCCUGGGAAGACAAUGUCGAUUUAUGACAUACCUGGGAUUGUGGCAAUUGCCUAUCCUCUGGCUGCAACCCCCUUAAACAUUCAGGCUGGCUUUAGGGUGGCUGGGGUUCAACCUUACAACAGAGAUGUAUUUAUGGAAACCGAGUUUGCACCAUCCUACGCCACAGAUCGCCCCAUUCAGAACCCUGCGCUGUCAGGCUGCAGCACCAACUCUGCCCUGCCAGGCCCCAGCACCAACCCUUCCAUGCCAGGCUCCAGCACCAACUCUGCCCUGCCAGGCCCCAGCACCAACUCUGCCCUGCCAGGCCCCAGCCCCAACUCUGCCCUGCCAGGCCCCAGCACCAACCCUUCCAUGCCAGGCUCCAGCACCAACUCUGCCCUGCCAGGCCCCAGCACCAACUCUGCCCUGCCAGGCCCCAGCCCCAACUCUGCCCUGCCAGGCCCCAGCACCAACCCUUCCAUGCCAGGCUCCAGCACCAACUCUGCCCUGCCAGGCCCCAGCACCAACCCUUCCAUGCCAGGCCCCAGCCCCAACUCUGCCCUGCCAGGCUCCAGCACCAACUCUGCCCUGCCAGGCCCCAGCACCAACCCUUCCAUGCCAGGCCCCAGCCCCAACUCUGCCCUGCCAGGCUCCAGCACCAACUCUGCCCUGCCAGGCCCCAGCACCAACCCUUCCAUGCCAGGCCCCAGCCCCAACUCUGCCCUGCCAGGCUCCAGCACCAACUCUUCCCUGCCAGGCCCCAGCCCCAACUCUGCCCUGCCAGGCUCCAGCACCAACUCUGCCCUGCCAGGCCCCAGCACGAACCAUUUCAUGCCAGACCCCAGCACCAACUCUGCAGUGCCGAGCACACCGAGUUAUGCUUCUGCUAUCACCAGCUCACCCUUACCCAGCAAUGCUAUUGCUGACAGUGGGCUACCAACUCCAGAGGACAUUCGGCCAUAUCCAAAAGCCGGCCCUCGAAAACCAGCCAGCAUAGGAAGAAAACGACGCAAAACAGCAAUACUUACUGACACGCCAGUGAAGCAGCAACUAGAAAUAGAAAAGAAUAAGCCUCAAUCUAGCAAAAAGCUGUUUCAAAAGAAAGGGAAGCAGAAAUCUGGACCUAUGAAAAACAAGGCAGCUAAAAGAAGGAAAAUCAUGCAAGAGUCAUCAUCAGAUGAUGAAGAGUGCUUCUGCCUGGUCUGUGUGGAGCCAUUUCCAAAGAGUCGUCCAAAGGAGACCUGGGUAAAAUGUGUUAAAUGCAACAAUUGGGCCCAUGAUGCUUGCACCUCAGGCCAGGCAAUUUAUGUGUGUCAGAAUUGUGAUUCUGGAGAUGAGUCCUAUUAGUCAGAUACAGUGCAUCUGUUUUGUUCAGAGGUUAAACAUGUUAAGUUAAGCAAGUUAUCUGCAGCAUUCCGUUCAGUUAUCUGGUUUUAUGUGAAAGCCAUAGAACAUUUGAGUUUAAAGUUCAAAGUGAAGUGGUCUUGCCACUUAAUUAAAAUGUGCAUUAUUUGGAUUGAAAUAAUUGUUUUUCCAGAUUCUCCUGGCACGGGUGUUUAUAUUUCCAGUUUGGAUUGAGUUUAAAAAUUAAAUUCUAUAUUCACAAUUAAGCAGUUGUGUUCUUAUUUUUAGAUAAUCUAUUGUGACAACUUACCCGCCCUAGUGUGACAACUUACCCUCCGAUGGGGCAAAUUGUCACAAGUGCACACUCACUAUUCAACAGUCUACAACUCUGUAAUGAGAUAAGAUAUAAAGAUGUUAUGAAUACAACAUAUGUGCCCAAGACUUCCUUCUUUCAUUUGGUAUGAGAUUUAUACCAUUUUGAUGUAUGGUGCUCAGUAAAUGUUAGACAUUGUGAAAAGUGUGACAACAUACC